ACUUAUUUUAUUUAGUUUUAGUUUUUAAAAUUUUUAAAAGUAUACUGUAUUUUUUUUAUAUGUUUCAAGCUAAUCGUAUUAUAUUCGAAAAAAACAUGUCCAUUUAAAUCUACCAAAUGCUAUUUGCGUCACCGAAUAUUGUUUCUUCCGUGAAGAUCCGGAGCUGCUCCUCCUAGUCGGAUCCAGGUCCAGCAGUGAUGCUAAUACCGAGGUCCAACCCGUUCCCGUCGCUGAGAGAGAUUCAAAACGCGAGUUCUGAAAAUUUUCUCGGCGUUUUCCCGCUCAUUGCUUCUUCCUCUUCCCCUCUGUCUCUCUUUCUCUCUCCCAUUCAGUCUCUCGCUGAUCUAUCCGCGUUUCAACGGUCUUCUUUCUUCCUUUCGUUCGAGGUGUUCUCUUUCUCUCUCUCUCUCUCACACACACACACACACACACAAAAUCUCGCUCGCUUGCUCCGUCACCCCACCCCUUCCCUUCCUAGGGCAUUCAUGCCUUGGUAUGGAAAAAGUUUCCCCCGGCAGUAAUGAGCGAGAGGGAGAAGAGCGAGGGGAGGUUCCACAUUCUCCAACCGAACCGCGACCUCGAGUCCAAUUGGGCUGUAGAUGUCGCAAAGCAACUCGAGGAGUACCUCCUGGAGAUCUGCUCCUCCGGCGGGUUGGGCGACGAUGGCUGCCCCGUCGUUAACUUCGCGGAAGCUGCACUAUUGCUGCAAGGAUCAAUCCAAGUGUACAGCAGGAAGGUCGAGUACUUGUACACGCUGGUCGUGCACGCGCUUGAGUUCAUUUCCCAAAAGAGACAGGAUGCUCAAGAAAAGAGUUCAAUUCAACCAGAUGGGACUGAUGUUGAUGCAGUAGUUGAUGAUGAUAAUGAGGAGUUUUUGAGCUUAGAUGAUGUGCCGGUUGAGGCGAAUAUCGACCUGGAUGAUGACUUAGGUAGCGAUAAUCCUUCAUUCAAUCGUCCAGUGAAGCCACCUGCCAGCUUGCUUGUAUUGGAAGGGGAAUGUUUAGAUGCGACGAGUGACAUGGGAGAAUUGUCUUCUUAUCAGAUAGCUACAAGUAGUCUUCAUCGAGAUUUUCUUCUGUUAGACCCUUGUGAUUCGGAAGCUAUCGAUAACUUUCUGAAGGCCAAUGUAUGUUCGAACCUUCAAAUGUCAACUCAGAAAGGCAGCUCAGCAAGGUCCAAGUCUCGUAGAAGUUUCUUGCAGUCUCCAAUAAGACAUGGGUCUGCGCAGAAAUCAGGGCUUGGAAAAGGUCGAGAUCUUGAAAUGAAUGGAGUUGCAAGAGACAGCUGCAAUUUUGAAGAGGACAACGAUAUUGGCCCUGCACCCAACUUUUGUCAUGAUUUUCCAGAUGACACUGCACAUGCUGGAGAAGAUAUGGGGGGAGGUUUCUCAGAACUAGAAGAUUUAGAUGAUGAUCCAUGGGUGCCACUAAAUCCCCAUGAACCUGGCACAUUAAAAGUUAAGCCAUUCAAAAAAGCAAGCCUUGUAUGUCGUUUGAGAUCCUGCUCUAAGCAGAAGAUUGCUUUGGCAAAAUUUUCUUGUGCAAGAUUGCAUGGAACGGCAAACCCAGAGUUUGCUGAUGCAAUGGAUGCUGUAGAAAGACUACGAGCAACUCAAUCUCCUGCUCCUUUUCAAAAGCUUAGGGAAUCCCUUGUUUCUGGUAUUCAAGCUUCAGAUGCUUUUCCUGAACCCAACAAUGAUAUUGAAGAUAAUGACUGUGUAAAUGAACAAUAUGACUUCGAGGAGACUGACACAGGACUAUUUCAUGACAGUUACAUGGAUAAUGAAGCUGCUGCAUUCUCUGGAGCGGAUGAUAUUGGGGGGAUGUGCAACAACCAUUCCACUGAAAAUGAAGACCUAAAUGCUACUACAAGCCUUGAAGAUUUAUGUCGUUCUCAUCUGGACGCCCUUCUGGCCAGAAUAGCUGAAGCUGAAAAACAGACUGAAUUAGCUGCCCAUGUUUCAACAUGGAAGCAAAGGAUAGAACAUAGCUUGGAAGAACAGGAGUUGCACCCUCCUUUUGAUAUCCAUGAAUAUGGAGAAAAAUUCAUGGCCAAGUUGUCGUCAGAAAAAGAUUUUGGUGGCAGCAGGUCCUUUGCUGAACUGGUAGGUGGUCAACCAAAAUAUGAAAUUGCUCGGACAUUUUCAGCUCUUCUUCAGCUAGUAAACAAUGGUAAUGUUGCACUAGAUAAAGGAAAAUCAAGUAAUGGGCCUCUCUGUUUCACAGCAGCAAAUCCCUUCUAUGUAAGCCUGCUUUCAAACAACAGAAAGCAUGAAGAAAUGCUCAAUUAUAGGGCUCCUUCUGUGGUUCGAAAGCUUGACACAAAGAAGAAAAGAAUCAGUUCUCCAGCAAAGAAUUUUGAUGAUGAGAACCAUUUGUUGGAUGGGACAGCAACAACACUGUCAGCAUCACCAACAAAAUUGUCUCCUUCCAGUGGCAAGUUGUCCUGUAAAGCUGGAAAAGGUUGGAGCAUCAAGUGUACCCCAGAAAGCAAGAGAAGACGCAGAAGCCAGUUUCUGAAAAAUAUUGCAUUCGCUAGGUAAUCCAACAAUUUGUACAUUGUAUCAGCUAACGGAAGACUUGAGAGCAGUAUGUGUAUCUGUAACUUAGGAUCAACGCUGUCCUAAUCCUUAUUUUCUCUGUUAUGUAACAUAUGUAAGGGUAGCUCUUCUGAUUCUUUAUGCUGUUCUGCACUUCCAAGGGAGUUGGACUGGUAUUUAUGUACAUUCAGAAAAA